CUUGGGCGGGCGGAGGGAGAGAGGGAGGCGGGGGUAAGACUGCGGUGGGCGGCGACGCCAACCAGCGCAAUUGUUAAAUGCCCUCGCGCUGUCGGCGGGCCCCGCUUCUGCUCCGCGGAAGGAAGCGAUGGGUCGGGCGGGCGGGCAGCCUGGGUCCUGAGCGGGGAGUCCGGCGUGGACCAGCAUGCUGGGACCCAGCGUGGAAGCCCGGCGGGUCCACCGUCCGCCCCAGCCGCCCGCCCCGGACCCCGACCCACAGCAGCGCUGGGCCCGGCUCUUCGACCAGCUGGACGCCAACAAGGACGGCCGCGUGGAUGUCAACGAGCUGCGCGAGGGCCUGGCCCGCAUGGGCAUGGACGCCGGGGCCCACGCCGAGCAGGAUAUCCUACGUGUGGGGGAUACAGACCAGGACGGGCAACUCAAUUUUGAGGAAUUUGCGCGCUAUCUCCAGGAGCGCGAACGCAAGCUGCUGCUGAUGUUCCACAGCCUGGACCGCAACCAUGAUGGCCAGAUUGAUGUCUCUGAGAUCCAGCAAACCUUCCACAGUCUGGGGGUUUACAUCUCCCUCCUGCAAGCGGAGAAAAUCUUGCACAGCAUAGACAAGGAUGGCACAAUGACCAUUGACUGGCACGAAUGGCGGGACCACUUCAUCCUCAAUCCCCUGGAGAACAUGGAGGAGAUUGUACACUACUGGAAACACUCAACAGUCCUUGACAUUGGCGAGUGCCUCACUGUCCCAGAUGAGUUUUCCGAGAAAGAGAAGAAAACUGGGAUGUGGUGGAAACAACUUAUUGCUGGAGCUAUGGCUGGUGCUGUCUCUAGGACGGGAACGGCGCCGUUGGACCGGCUGAAAGUGUUCAUGCAGGUGCAUGCUUCGAAGAGCAACAACAUGAAUGUGUUGGGGGGAUUGCAAGGCAUGAUACGUGAAGGAGGCGUCCGCUCACUAUGGCGAGGCAAUGGCAUCAACGUGCUCAAAAUUGCACCUGAGUCUGCUAUCAAGUUCAUGGCCUAUGAACAGAUCAAGCGGGCAAUUCGGGGACAGCAAGAGACUCUGAGGGUGCAGGAGAGAUUUAUUGCUGGUUCACUAGCUGGUGCCACAGCACAGACUAUAAUCUACCCUAUGGAGGUUCUGAAGACGCGGCUAACCCUUCGCAAGACAGGCCAAUACUCAGGAGUGGCUGACUGUGCCAAGAAGAUCCUACAAAAGGAAGGGGUCCGUGCCUUCUACAAGGGCUACUUGCCUAACAUGCUGGGCAUCAUCCCCUAUGCUGGCAUUGACUUGGCAGUUUAUGAGACCCUGAAGAAUACCUGGUUGCAGAAGUACAGCAAGAAUACUGCUGACCCCGGUGUCCUGGUGCUUUUGGGCUGCGGCACAAUCUCCAGCACCUGCGGCCAGAUCGCCAGCUACCCCUUAGCACUGGUGCGGACGCGGAUGCAGGCGCAAGCAUCCAUUGAAGGUGCCCCUCAGUUCUCCAUGCUGGGCCUCUUCAGGCACAUCCUCUCCCGGGAAGGCGUGUUCGGCCUCUACCGUGGCAUCGCUCCCAACUUCAUGAAAGUAAUUCCUGCCGUUAGUAUCAGCUACGUUGUGUACGAGAACAUGAAGCGGGCUCUGGGGGUGACGUCCAGAUGAAGAGGUGCCUGCCUCACCCACUCAGUGGAUGGGACCUACCUCUCGAGAAGGGCUAUUCCUACAUGCAGCAUGACGUCAGUCAUAGGCAGAAACAUAGCCCUACUCCUCCGGGCCCUCGCCCCCAGGAGAAUGGGGACUAAAGCAUGUUAAAGUGGUUGGGCCUAUGUCUUCCUCGAUUUCACAACAUCAGCGUCUUUCCUGGGCAAGGAGCCCCAAGGAAGAACUCACUUACAAAGAGCCAUUGUCCCACUGCAGAAGCCUGGGGCUGAAAAGCACCAUGGCCACAUUGAAGCAGAGACUUCUAUACUGUCCACCUACAUUUUGGGGACUUUUGGAGAUAAGCCUCUGAAAAGCAGACUUGAGCCAGUGCUCUUCUCUACUACUCUCUGCAUGUCUGCCUUCUUCUCGGCUACUCUCCAACAUGAAAACCAGCAGCGUGUUUUCGUAUUCUGCAUAUUUCUACCAGCCUCUUCAAGGUCUUGUGGAAGCCAAUCGUGUCAACACUAUCAUUGAUACAUUGUCAAAUCUCAGAUAAACAAAUGUUCAGUUGCUGAAGCCAGAGACUAUGACUCCUCCUCCAAUCAAUCAGCUAUCUCUAAAUCUACAGACAAUGUAUUCAGGGACAGUCAAUUGCACUGGAAAAAAUACAUAUUUUUUGAAGUUGCCACCAAGAGCCCAAGAUGCCUGAGCAUCGGGAUUUGAGGAUUUGAACAAGCGGUUUCCUGCUUUUGCCUCCAUCCUGAAUUCCACUUUGAUCCUUCUUUUGCUUCUUUUUCUUUCAGAUCCAGGAGAGCGGUAAAGCCCUAGGUCUUUGCAUUUCAGCCCAAUUCCACUUUACCUGCCCCAUUCAAUGAAACGUGUCUGUAUAUUUUGCACAUGAACUACUUUUAACUUAUAA